ACUACUACUCCCUCUCUCACUCAAAUAAAAACAAAUUAAAAUAAUAAAUAAAAUAAAAUAAUAAAAAGGAAGGUUUCGCUUCUAUAUAGAAAUUGGCGCUCCAGCAGCAUCAUCAAACUUUUUUCGUGCGACGAAGCUUCUUCGUUCGCUCACUUCCGAGAUGCGUCGUUCUGCAUCGAGGAAAACGGGUCAAAGUAAUUCUACGGACUCUCCCGAUCUCUUUCGAUCUGCUUCAGGUAAAGCAUCUUUGAAAGAGAUGGAACGAAUUGACAACCUGUUUUAUACAUAUGCAAAUAAGUCUUCCGGUGUGAUCGACCCAGAAGGAAUUGAAGCUCUUUGUUCAGAUAUGGAAGUCAAUCAUACUGAUGUUAGGGUCCUGAUGUUGGCUUGGAAAAUGAAAGCUGAAAAGCAAGGGUACUUUACCCUGGAGGAGUGGCAAAGAGGCCUCAAAUCACUGAGGGCUGACAAUGUAAAUAAAUUAAAGAAGGCCCUCCCAGAGCUGGAGAAAGAGGUUAAAAGGCCAUCAAACUUUAUGGAUUUCUAUUCCUAUGCAUUCCGGUAUUGCUUGACAGAGGAGAAACAAAAGAGUGUAGACAUAGAGAGUGUCUGUGAACUGCUGGAUCUUGUUUUAGGAUCCCAAUGCCGUGCCCAGGUUGACUAUUUUAUUGAGUAUCUAAAGGUUCAAACUGAUUACAAGGUCAUAAACAUGGAUCAGUGGAUGGGCUUUUUCAGGUUCUGCAAUGAGAUAAGCUUCCCGGACUUCAACAACUAUGAUCCGAAGCUUGCUUGGCCAUUGAUCCUAGACAAUUUUGUAGACUGGAUGAAAGAAAAGCAAGCAUAAACUCGACUUCUUUUAGCCAACUUGAUUCUCAGCUGUAAACUGCCAUUUUUACUUAAGUAGGACUGUUGAAAGUACACAAACCAAACUGGCCCCAGCAUUUUUUCCUUUUUGCAAUCCAGAUUUUAUAUUUAUAUUUCACUUUUAGACAUGAGAGAGUUAUCCUCAAAACUCAUCAGCCUUAUCAUUAUAUGAUGACUGUCAAAUAGCUUUCGACUAUAAUUUAUCGCAAAGAACUGUAGUGAUGGUUGAAGUUUGCUAUGUUGUUGAAUAAACUGUGGAUCAGUUGCAUAGAUGGUAUAGAUGUUUGAUGAAAUUAGUGUAGCAUCGUUUGGUUAUCGUUUCAAAGGUGCUAAUUAAUGUCGAGGUUUGGUUU